AUAAAGAGUGUUAAGUUUGUCUCUGAAGAAGAGCGGCCCGAGGUGGCUCGUUGGUGUACAGAGUGGAGGAGUAACGUUAACUUGGCCGUAGUAGUUAGUGAGGUACCUGAAAGUGACUUGGAGUUUACGGGAGUACGCGUUAAGCACAAAACCUCCCCAGGUGGGCCACAAGUGGGGUUGUUAAUUUUUACUGACCCCGAACCUCCGAUAACUGGCAACAGCUUGGUAGUUAGCAUUAGCUUGCUAGCUGGGAAGCUCCCGAAAAGUAACGUCAAGGUUUGUUUGCUUCAGUCAUGUCUUCGGCCGGAGACUUCGGAAACCCCUUAAGAAAAUUUAAACUGGUCUUUCUCGGCGAACAGAGUGUUGGAAAAACUUCACUGAUCACGAGGUUCAUGUAUGACAGCUUCGACAACACCUACCAAGCCACAAUAGGAAUCGAUUUCCUGUCAAAAACCAUGUAUCUUGAAGACAGAACAAUCAGGUUGCAGCUGUGGGACACAGCGGGGCAAGAGCGAUUUCGUAGCCUCAUCCCAAGUUACAUCAGAGACUCUGCUGCUGCAGUCGUAGUUUACGACAUUACAAAUGUCAACUCUUUCCAGCAAACCACAAAAUGGAUCGAUGACGUGAGAACAGAAAGAGGAAGUGAUGUCAUUAUCAUGUUGGUGGGAAACAAGACAGACCUCGCAGAUAAAAGACAGAUAACCACAGAGGAGGGAGAACAGAGAGCGAAAGAGAUGAAUGUUCUGUUUAUUGAAACAAGUGCAAAGACAGGCUACAAUGUCAAACAGCUUUUCCGUCGUGUGGCAGCUGCCCUCCCCGGCAUGGACACCACACAGGACAAGAGUAGAGAGGACAUGAUUGACAUUAAGCUGGAGAAGCCACCAGAGCAACCUACCACUGAAGGCGGCUGUUCCUGCUAAUGUUCCCAUCUGGCUUAUUCUGACCCACAUUCAGUUUUCCUGCAUCUGUAUCCUUCACUACACCACCUUCUGUUCCCCAGCCUGAAAGAGAACACUACAUCCGUUAUCCUCGCUGUCGUGGAAGUCUGCUCGCCCAUCAGGCUGCUCUGAACCUCACUUCAGCUGUACUUAAAUUGAAUAUUUGCACUGUAACACACAUUGAAACAGUAUUUACGCUUAAACUGUCAUUUCAGACAAAGAUGGUGGUACAAGAAAAAAGUUAUAGUUUGUGCAUAAAGAUGAUUUUGAACCAAACUGAAAGAAAAUGUGUCUAAGUCAUCAAAUUUGUCUGAGAAUAUUCUUUAAAAGAAAAGUAAAUAUUGCUUUAAGCUUAAUAAGCACAAUGUGGAUGUGUUGUGUGCAUUUGUCAAUUAACAUGUGCUUUUGAUUGGCAGGAGUUAAUUUAGAUGUUUUAUUUAAACUGUUUUUAAUUUUUUGGGUUGAUAUAAAGAAAAGGUUAUAGAAUUGUUCUGAAGUAAAUCAAUAUCCGGGAGUGCUGGGUGUGGGUAUGUAUACUGUGUAUCCAUGAAGUUUCAGCCAGGAGCUUAUUAUAUACUUGAGUCACAGUUCUCCCAACACAUACCUGCGCAGUCGCACACCUACACAUAGAAACCAGCACAAACGCAGCAUGACUGCAUCAAACACAUUACCGUCCUUUCUCCUCUGCCCACAUCUCUUGAGAUGGAUUAUUUUUACCUUGGCUUCCAUUUUUUUAUUACUUUUUUUUUGGAUAGAUCUUUAUUUUUUCCAAAAGACUACAGCUCACAUAGAUUAAAACUACUUUGAUAGUGUUUUAUGUGGAUUUUCUCAUAAAACCCACAGUAAGCAUUAGAUAUGGAGAUAUAUGCCUUUUUGGAGUUGAAUUAUAGAGGGCUUCCUUGGCUUGGGUUUAUCUAGUUAGGUUUGAAAUGCCGUUUUAUCACUUCCUUGUUUUUAUUUUUGGCAUUGAUCUUUUGUUAGUGAUGAUUCUACAUAUGUAUUUAAUCCACAAUGACUUGUAAUAUUUAUUUCUAUCAGAUUCCUGUUUCUUUUAUAUGGCUGUUAAUAUCUUCACUUUGAAUAUGAGUCCUGAAUCGCUAAUAAAAUAUGCAUCCAAACUGCACCACCUUUGACACUCAGCGGAGAGCGUCUGCUGUUUCAUCUGCUGCCUUGAUGUGGCAGUUUGAGCAUACUGAUAAUAUUGUGCAAUUUUUGUGUAAAAGUAUGGACGAGAGUUCAGUUUGUAUAGCGUUGUAGUCCUUAACGUUUCUGGAAUGGUUUCAAAUGAAAGAAUAAAAGUAAACUUGGCACUGCUGGUAUUCAUCAGUGUUUCUGA